AUGGCUGACAACGAAGUCAAAGAAAACGUUACCCAUAUGAAUGUUCAAGAUUACGACUUAAAACGUCGUGAAGCUCUUGAAAAAAUUGAUAAUGCUAAAUUUGGAUGGUUUCAUAUUAGAGCAUGCAUCGUAUCUGGUGUAGGAUUUUUCACAGACGCUUAUGAUAUUUUCGCUAUCAAUCUUGUGGCUGUAAUGUUAGGUUAUGUUUACUUUGGAAAAAAUUCUCUCCCACCGGAUGUUGAUUUGGGUAUAAAAGUUGCAACACCAAUUGGCACAUUUAUUGGCCAAUUCGCAUUUGGGAUAUUAGCUGAUAUCCUUGGUCGUAAAAAGUUAUUGAUAAUCGUAUUUGCUACCUUUGCCUGUUGUCUCGUUGCAAAUUCCUAUGUUUACUCCCCUGUUACAAAGGCUUUUGAAUCAAAUGCUUCGGUUAUCUCUGUUCAAGGCCUUCUCAUCUUCUGGCGUAUUAUUUUGGGUAUCGGAAUUGGUGGUGAUUACCCUCUUUCUGCAGUUAUUACUAGUGAAUUCGCUACCACCACAAGAAGAGGUGCAAUGAUGUCUGCCGUGUUUGCCAUGCAAGGAAUUGGAAUUUUAGUAGCGGCCAUAGUUUCAACUAUAACAAUAGUAGCAUUCCAUUCUACCAUUUCUGCAACCGAUUAUUCACACAUUGAUUAUUGUUGGAGAAUUGUAACCGGAGUAGGCGCUAUUCCUGGACUUGUUGCCCUUUACUUUCGACUUACAAUACCAGAAACACCUCGUUUUACUAUGGAUAUCGAACGUAAUGUCAAUCAGGCAGCUCAAGAUAUUUCCACUGUAUUAGAAUCAGGUUCAUACAAACCUCGUGAACAGGAAGUCAUCAUUAAAGUUGAUGCACCAAAAGCUAGUCUUUCAGAUUUCUUUGCUUAUUUUGGUAAAUGGGAAAACGGAAAAGUUUUAUUUGGAACUGCUUUUACAUGGUUUGUACUUGAUGUGGCUUUUUAUGGUAUCGGUUUAAACAACAAUAUUAUUUUGAAAAACAUUGGUUUCCUUGGGGAUGGUACAGAUCCAUAUGAAACAUUAUAUAAAGCAUCUGUUGGUAAUAUUAUAAUUGCACUAUUGGGAACUGUACCCGGUUAUUGGGUUACUGUAUUCACUAUUGACUCAUGGGGUCGACGCCCAAUCCAACUUAUGGGAUUUGCCUUGCUUACUGUAAUAUUUAUUGUCCUCGGAUUUGGUUAUACCCCAAUAUUGAAUACAUCUGUUGAGCUUUUCAUCUUUAUAUUUACAUUAUCUCAAUUCUUCUUUAAUUUUGGACCCAAUACCACUACAUUCGUUGUACCUGGUGAAAUAUUCCCAACUCGAUACCGUUCAACUGGACAUGGAAUAAGCGCUGCAUCUGGAAAGUUGGGUGCUAUUAUUUCACAAGUUGGUUUCUUCAAAUUGAAAGAUUUUGGCGGUGCUCCCGGUUCAAAUGCAUUCAUAGAUCAUCUGUUCAAAAUAUUUGCAGCCUUUAUGUUGGCUGGUUUCAUAGCCACCUAUUUCUUUGUACCUGAAACAAAGGGUACGUCAUUAGAAGAUUUAUCAAAUGAAAAUCAAGAAGGGUUUGUCAAAGAUAAACGUUCGGCUGAUAAUUAA